AUGUCCAAAUGGGUAGAAGCUGCAGCAUUGCCCACUAAUGAUACAAGAGUGGUGGUGGAGUUUUUGAAGAAGAACAUAUUCACCCGUUUUGGGACCUCGAGAGCGAUUAUCAGUGACGGAGGCACCCACUUCUGUAAUAGAGCCUUCGAGAAGUUGCUAGCAAAGUAUGAUGUACGCCACAAGGUGGCUACCCCUUAUCACCCGCAUACCAGUAGAAAGGUGGAAGUGUCUAAUAGAGAGAUAAAAAGUGUAUUGACCAAGACUUUGGUGUUCGGGAAGGCCUGCCACUUGCCAAUGGAACUUGAACAUAAAGCUUGGUGGGCACUGAAACAACUGAACCUAGACAUUGAGGCCGCGGGCACAACGAGAAUCACUGAAUUGCAUGAGCUUGACGAGUUCCGACAUCUUGUUUUUGAGAGCACAAGGUUGUAA